CUCCCUCCCUAAACUGUGCUGCUGUCCACCUGUGCAGGAUUAUCUCCGUCCAGGCAGCAGACAGGAGACACUACAACAUCCAUCGCUCGCCAGGCGGAUUACUUGAGGAUGAAGCGCCGUUUGGUGGAAAGGAAGACGAAGGACUAAGUUGCCAUUAUCGCCUCGUUUCUCCCUCUUGUGCUGCCUGUCAGCUGCUGGCACCCGUUCAGUUUUUAGCCAUUGCAGUUUUUAGACUACUUUAUUCUGUGGCGUUUGCUUCACUUCAUUUUUUUCCCUCUCUUUGCACAACGCUCUGUGGUUUUUGGUGCUUGUCCUCACAUAUCCGCCUGCGUUGGAAAUUAAAGCUUCCGUUUUCAUUUGUUUUUUCCUGCCUGCUCGCUGGCUGCCCCGCUGAAGGAGUCCGAUCAGGACAGAAAAAAGGCGCAGUAGAGAGAGCAGAGCGGAGCGCGUCUUCUUUGGCGCACAUACAGAGAGGCGGACCUAUUGCGCAGCGCACCGCUCCUUCACGCACACAUGGGCAAGGGGCGCGCACGCUCACACGCACAUGCACACACAUGAAUGAACAUCCACACGCGCAGCUCCUUUUCCCCCUCUGUGUGCAUGCAUAGCUUUUGAUUACAAUUAAAGCACCAGAGUUUUCUUCUGAGUCCACAGCAGGAACGCGUUUACCUUCCACCCAUCCAUCCAUCCUUGGCAAGUUCAUUUUUGACAUGCACAAGGCGGACACCUACUAAGGAAACCAUCGCAGAAACAUUCCCAUCUAAAAGAUGAGAGAAAUUGGCCUCAGCGGAUCUUCCGUCGGUCACCGGAAUUGCGAGUGCAGGGUCGGGGCGGAGGGCACCGGGGAGAGAGGACAGGGAGAGGCCGGGGAGGAGGAGCUCUCAGCCGGACUGCCUGCCGCGGAACAGCCGCUGCUGCCGGUGCUCAAGAAGCAGGCUGCUGCUGCCGGGGGGAGGCGGGGGGAGGAUGAACAGUGCCUCAGUGUGAAAUUAUAACACUCAGCUGGCUUUGGGAGUGUUUGUUUUUCUGUCGUUUUACUUCUCACUAAUUAGUCUGAAGAUGCGAGAUAACGAACAGUGGCCUACUUAAUAACUGUCAUCCUGUACUCUUAUCAACGUGGCACUUUUGGGUCACCUUAAAGCUGGCUAAUUUGAGCAAUACUUCUCUGUCUGGAACUUGAACACGGCCUUAUAAACCCUCCAGAGGACGGUCGCCUGCUUAUCAGACAGUCAGACAAACGCAUGUGUGUCAUGACACUUGUUGGCAGGUGCCUUUUGCAGAUACACCAACACGCUCAGUUAUUUAUAGACGUUAAUAUCACUGUGUGCUUUCGGAGUAUCGAUUCAGAACAAGUGUCGAUGCUCGGUGGAAUGUAACACAAACUACGGACCUGCUGCAGUUUCAAACAGACACCGACGCUCAGUGGAAUACAGGCUGAAGUCAGUGAAUGCACCUCCAGUCUUAGCUGGCAUCAGCGUACUGUGGGGGUCACAUAAACUGGAAACCAAGAGACACUGUCUCUAGAAGUCUGGACACAAAGCACAACAAGCCCCACCUGAUCUAGAUCAUCGCGCCCGGCGGAAGAGCAUAGCCACUGGGAAGCAGCCCAGCAUGGAGGUCCCUCCCACUGCCCCAAUUCAACCCUUCCGACAAUCCAGUUUCCUCAGUAGAAGGUUGAAGGGCUCCAUCAAGAGGGCUAAGAGUCAGCCCAAACUGGACCGAACCAGCAGUUUCCGCCACAUGAUCCUCCCCCGCUUCCGCAGUGCCGACCAAGACAGGACCCGUUUGAUGCAGAGCUUCAAAGAGUCCCACUCUCAUGAGUCCUUGCUGUCUCCCAGCAGCGCUGCUGAGGCGCUGGACCUCACUCUGGACGAGGACGCCAUCAUCAAACCUGUCCACUCGAGCAUCCUGGGACAAGAGUACUGCUUUGAGGUGACUACAGCAUCGGGAACCAAGUGCUUUGCGUGUCGCUCAGCUGCAGAGAGAGACAAAUGGAUCGAGAACCUGCAGAGAGCUGUCAAGCCCAACAAGGACAACAGCCGGAGGGUGGACAAUGUGCUCAAACUGUGGAUCAUCGAGGCCCGCGAGCUUCCAGCCAAGAAGCGCUACUACUGCGAACUUUGUCUGGACGACAUGCUGUACGCACGCACCACCAGCAAGCCCCGCACCGACACCGUUUUCUGGGGCGAGCACUUUGAAUUCAACAACCUGCCCGCUGUCCGCAACCUACGCCUUCAUCUAUACAAGGAGACGGACAAGAAGAGACGCAAGGAAAAGAGCACAUACUUAGGACUUGUAAGCAUCCCCAUCUCAAGCAUCACCGGACGUCAGUUUGUGGAGCAGUGGUACCCGGUCAUCCAGCCCAGCGUCCUCACCAAGGGGGCUGGUGUCGGAGGGGGUAAGAUCAUCAACGCAUCGCUACGCCUCAAAUCCCGCUUCCAGACCAUGAACAUCCUGCCCAUGGAGCUGUACAAGGAGUUUGCAGAGUACGUCACCAAUAACUACCGCACCCUGUGUGCUGUGCUGGAGCCCGUGCUGAGCGUCAAGAGCAAAGAGGAAGUGGCCUGUGCAUUGGUGCAUAUACUGCAGAGCACAGGGAAAGCUAAGGACUUCCUGUCAGACAUGGCGAUGUGCGAGGUAGACAGAUUCAUCGACCGAGAACACCUUAUCUUCAGAGAGAACACUCUGGCCACCAAAGCCAUAGAAGAGUACCUCAAACUGAUCGGACAUAAGUACCUCAAGGAUGCUAUAGGGGAGUUCAUAAGGGCCUUGUAUGAGUCAGAGGAAAAUUGCGAAGUGGACCCCAUGAGAACACCACCCUCAGUGCUCCCGGACCACCAAGCCAAUCUCCGAAUGUGCUGUGAACUAGCACUCUGCAAGAUCGUCAACUCCCAUUGCGUUUUCCCUCGAGAGCUAAAGGAAGUUUUUGCCUCCUGGAGAGUGCGCUGUGCUGAGAGAGGUCGGGAAGACAUUGCCGACCGUCUCAUCAGUGGUUCCCUCUUCCUGCGCUUCCUGUGUCCUGCCAUCAUGUCCCCAUCGCUCUUCAACCUCACCCAGGAGUAUCCCGACGAGCAGACGUCACGCACGCUCACCCUCAUUGCAAAAGUAGUGCAAAACCUGGCUAACUUCUCCAAGUUUGGCACUAAAGAGGAGUACAUGUGUUUCAUGAAUGAGUUUUUAGAGAUGGAGUGGGGCUCCAUGCAGCAGUUUCUGUACGAGAUCUCCAACCUUGACAGUGUCAGCAAUGCGGGCGGCUUUGAAGGAUACAUCGACCUGGGCAGAGAGCUGUCCAUACUCCACAGUCUCCUCUGGGAGGUCAUAGCUCAGCUCAGCAAGCAAAACUCAGCAAAACUGGUUUUCUUUGAACCGCAGGAUGCCAUCAUCAAACUGGGCCCUUUGCCUCGCCUCCUGAACGACAUCAGCAUGGCCUUGCGUAACCCACACCUCCAGAGGCAGCCCAGCCAUCAGACAGACAGGGUGCAGGAGAGGCAGAUAGACAGGCUGCUGUCACGGCCGAGCUUCAACAGGGGCAUCUCAUCGGAGUUCCAAAAUCUCAUGAUGAGGGAUCUUAAUAGCUCUAUAGAUAUCACUCGCUUGCCUUCCCCCACCUCCACCGGAGGAGUCAUGCCAUCUCGCUCCCAGAUGAGUUUUCAGGACCGUGACCACCCCCAUCGAGCGUCCUCCAAAGACAUGUUUUAUGUAUCACGUCCUCCCUUGGCCCGAUCCAGCCCAGCCUACUGCACAAGCAGCUCGGACAUCACGGAGCCAGACCCCAAGGAUUCCCGAAUGAACAGCGUGUCUAACCUGCAGUCGGUGGACAUGCUCAACUCCUCCCAGGCCUCCAUCGCCGGCAUGGGCAGCUUCGGAGGGCUGAGCAGCGGAGGCGGUGGCGGCCUGGGGUCGGGCCUGAGCAGCCAGCUGCGGGCCGGUGGGAGGUUGUCAGCUGGCUCUGGCGGCUCCAGCAUGUCCGGCGGUCUUCGGCUGAGCCAGCUGAGCCAGAUGGGCACCACCACCGACUCGCUAUCCCAGCAGCAGCAACAGCAGGCCGCCGCCAUGCGCUACCCGCUUUCCUUCCAGAAUCCCCUCUUUCAUCUGGCGACUGCUGAUGGGCCUCAACAACAGCUCCAUCACCAGCACAGCCGGGCUCAACCUCCAGCACCCCUGCUCCUGGCCCCAGAACCUGAUCACCAGACCUACAUGCCACAGUUUGCCCAUGGGGGGUUCUCUCGCAGUGAGGACCUGUCCACCCUCAGGACCAGGGACGGUCACCUGGGCCAACCCAGCAUCAUCCACUCACACAGCUACAGUGACGACUACAGCAGGGCUGACUAUGGACGCAGGCAGAUGUCCAUUCAUGUGCCGGAUAACCUCCAACAGCAACAACAAAUGAUGGGCAUGACCUCCCAGACAGGAACCUCCCACUCCUCCCUGGCCACUACGCCCCCCUCCACAGUCCAACCUGUGCGCCAGAGUUCUGUUGCCCCGCCUCCAUCUCAGCGUGUCAAGUCCCAGACCUCCCACCAGCUGUCCGUUAGUGCGGCUGCUGCACCUGCUGCUCUGGCUAAAACACGGCCUCAGAGCGGAAAUCUCCUCCAGUCACCAGAGUCCGGCUAUGGCGGCCGGCAGCACGGGUCCCGGCAGCUGUCCGUCAAAGACAACACUGCCCCGGGCCUUCCCCACCAGCAGAGCUCUGUCAGGGAAAGCCAGAGUCCACAGGGAACCACCAGUCAGAGCACUCAACAGUCACCACAGCAACAGCCUCCGCAACAGCACCUGCUCAAACCCACCAUGAGCAAACAGGGCUCCCAGACUCCAUCCACCCUCAACCCACCCUCAGCCAAUGAGCGAACAGUGGCCUGGGUCUCCAACAUGCCUCAUCUGUCGGCUGACAUUGAAAGUUCGCGGAUUGACCGUGAGGAGUUCAAACUGAAGGAGUACUCAAAGAGCAUGGAUGAGUCACGCAUGGACAGGGUACGGGAGUACGAGGAGGAGAUCAACUCCCUGAAGGACCGCCUGAUGAUGUCCCACAAAAAGCUGGAGGAGUACGAGCGGAGGCUCCUCACGCAGGAGCAGCAGACCAAUAAGAUCCUCCUACAGUACCAGAAUCGACUGGAAGACAGUGAGAGGAAGCUACGGCAACAGCAAGCGGAGAAAGACUCCCAAAUUAAAGGAAUAAUUAGCAGACUCAUGGCUGUGGAGGAUGAGUUAAGGGGAGGACCCAUGAUUGAGCCAAAAACCAGGAUUUUCGCUGAUCAGGAGGACCAGCUUUCCUCCCUGGGUUAUGCAGACCCCGGUGUGAAAACUGAAGGUGGAGGGGGAGGUGGUGGAGGCGGAGGAGGAGGACAAGGAGGAGGAGGAGCGGUAACCGACGAUCAAGGCCUCAGAGUUUCUUCCUCGGGCAUUUCCUCUGACAGCUCGCCCCACAAUGGAGUCCUCCCCCAAACUGUAGACCCUCCCUCUCUACCCACUCCUCAUCAACAUCCUAGUCAGAAUGGAGAGCUCCGUGGCAACCAAACAUCCUCCCCCAUGACAACCUCACAGGCAACCGGAACCACGGCAACAACAGCAACUACAGGCAUAGCAGAAGAAGGGGGAGUAGGUCAAACACAACACUGAGCCAAAUCAGAGAGAGACGACACAAAGGAAAACUCUGUCCCCCGUCUUUCCCAUUUAGCAAGCUUUGAAAAGAAUCCGCCGUAGAUAUUCUGAUUCCCUGGGCGAGAGAGAGAAGAAAAGUGUGCGGGAGACAAGUAGUAAUCACACAGCAACUGUACAGUGCAUAACACACGAACACACAACACAAAGGGCUCUUCAACGGACACUUGUUCUCUUGAUGCUCACAUGGAGCUUCAGUUAGUAUCAGUCUUGCAGGACAAGAUAAUGAUACCUUAUCACACACUGUUUGAAUCGGUCAAACAAAGCAUUUGACAUACACACCAAGCCGAUAUGUGAACACCUGCUCUGUGCACUCGUUGCCUGUCUGCGGCUUCGUGAGGAACAAAUACACGUAAGGAACAAGCGCUAUACUAGAAUGUCUUGCACCCCAAAGACUUCAUAGUAGCCAUUAGCAAGUGCUAUAAGCUAGCUUAUAGUCACCCUUGACUCCCAUGGAUGUAGGUGCAUUAAAUAAACCUAUCCUGAACACGCCAGGCUGCAAAUUGUUUAGGUAGAGAUGUUGGUGAUGUAGUCUGGCUUUCUUAGUGCCUUUGAGUGUUUUUCAACAGGGUUUUCCAAUAGAGAUCUGAAGUAACAGAAGUAACGGAUGGAGAUCCAAGUUAGCUUUUGCUAGUGAGAGAAAUGAUCUGUGGGCUGAAAAGAGAGAUUCAAAGACACAAGAUCAAAGCGGCGUAGAGGUUUUGAGUGACAGAAGACAUUUUUGGGAACUUUUUUCCAAUUUUUUUUUUCCAAUCUAAGGGACUUCUUGUUUUUUUGGACUGAGCUCGUGCAAUUUUUCUCUUCUCAAUCUCAGAACCGAUAUGUGAUAAACUGGUGCUAAACAGAAACAAAUGGUGCCAUUUUCCAAGUCAAAUGUCUGUGUCUGCCAUAGCACUGCCUCUUUCAUGAUUCACUCACUGUCUUUUCUCUCUUUCUCUCUCCCCUGCGAUUUGUCUUUGACAGGACUUUUAUUCCCCCCAGUAUGUUUUGUAUGUGUCUUUGUCUUUGUUCUCUGUGCAUCCUGUUGUGUUCCUAUGUCCAAUGGGGUUGUUGGGGUUUCCAUAUGUGUGUUUUUAGAAGCGCCCUCCUCCAAUCUCUGGUUACAGUUAAUAAAAGCAGCUCCCCAAUUUAAGAUCUGAUGGAUCAUCUAUUGAACGGGUUAUUUCAAAUUUGUGGAGACCCAAAAGUGCUAUUUUUUUUGAGUUUACACAGAGAAGUAAUAAUUUUAAUAAUGAAUUUAGCUACUUUGAAUGAAAUGGAUGAAUGGAGAUUUACAGGGUUUUUUUUAGUUAAAAAUGUUGUGUUCAUAUAGAGAAGACAAGUGGUGCCAUUAUGAGUACUUUUUAUUUAGAUUUUUUUUUUUAAUUUCUCUUACAAUUUUCACCCAAACUGCUGUUGUAAGUGUAUACAAGUACUAAUGACAGUCCCCAGUUUUUAUUUAUUUUUUUUAUAGUAAACAUUGCCAGCGUGAUAUGAUAACAAGGAUCAUUUUAUGUGUGAAAAAAACAUUUCAACCAUUUAGGUUUGCCUACCAUUAAGUGCCUGGGAUAAAUAUAUUGAGCAUCCUUUGGCCAGUAGACUAGCUAGUCAUCGACCAAAUGCACGUUUUAAUGCCUUGCUUAAGACGAUAGGAUUAUACAACACCCCUGAUGCUUAAAAAAACCAGUACUGACAUACUUUUUUGUGUCGUUUCCAUAAUUUGAAGUUUCAUUUCAAAAUGAAAAAGCUGGCAUCUGUUUCUGAAACCACAUUGAAACAAAUUAAAAGAGUUUAAUUUGAAUUUUUAGAAUUACUGUACGAUGUGUUUUUGAAAUGAACUCUUCAGUUUCUCAUGUGUCAAAUGCUGAAAACACGAGUCAUUGAAAUGUCUGUAACGUGUAUCCAUAUUCCUUCAUUUUGUGUAUGAACUGUCUGUUGUUACGGUUUGUCUGGAUGUGAACCUGUUUUCGUGUCCGUAGCCUCACACACUGGUGACGCUCUGAAACAACUCAGCUUGUUUGAAGGUUGAACCAAGAGGAGUUGAAGAGUUUCACAUCAGCUCUGUGUCAGCCAUUUUUCUCUUUAGAGUCAACAAACCACUUAAUUUGCAGUGUCAAAGGUCAACACGGCCGACGCUAGCACUUUGUAGGCCAGUGCUAAUGGAUUAGCUUGGACUCAUUCUCUCAAUGAAUGUUUAACUGUUGAACCACCAAAUGUUAAUAAUGCUAGCAGUAUCACGCAGGGAAAGAUUGUCUUCUAUUGAGACAGCUUGUAGGGCUACUUUUCUUCUUGUGAAAUUACUUGUGUGUGAAGAAUGUUGGAUUGGAAGCGACCUAGGUUCAGUGUCUUUUUCAGAGAUGUGAGAUGAUCCGUGAUUGAGAAAUUAACAUUGCUGUGAAAAUACCUCAGUGACUCAGGUAAACAAGCAGUUGCCUCAGAGCUGAACACACACAAAUAUAUAUAUAAAUAUAUAUAUAUAGAAAAAGAGAUGAGUCCAGCUUUGGACAGACUGCCACCAUGCAGAUACUCGGUCUCUCGCUAUGCUUCAAUAGCACCUGAUCAAGCACCCUCCCCCGUUUCUUCUCUCUCUCUGUCUCCCCUUUUUUUCUCCCCCUAGCCACUCUCACAGCUUCAUGGAGGACAAUGUGGAACCUAAUUGGCUGAUGCACCAUCGGCAGUCCGCAGGGUGGCAUAGCCAAAUGUCCAGAGCCCUCUCUCGUGAC